GUGAGCCACAUCCUGUGGCUGUGGCUGCGGGUCCUGGAGACGAACCGCAGUAUUGGCUACGGGAGAAAUGGCUACCACACCGAUAAGGUCACAGAAUGUGCAGCAAGCGGGCAGAAUGAAGAAGGACGAAUCGUUCUUGGGAAAGCUUGGAGGAACCUUGGUGAGGAAGAAAAAGGCUAAAGAAGUGAGUGACCUACAGGAAGAAGGUAAAAAUGCCAUCAAUACUCCUUUGUCUCCAACACCGACUGACAUUCAUCCAGAGGACACAAUGCUAGAGGAAAAUGAAGAAAGAACAAUGAUUGAACCAAAUUCCAAGGAGGAGGCCAAAUUCAAAGAACUCAUAAAGGUUCUCAUUGACUGGAUUAAUGAUGUACUUGUAGAAGAAAGAAUAAUAGUGAAAAGUCUGGAAGAAGAUUUGUAUGAUGGACAGGUUCUGCAGAAACUGUUAGAGAAACUUGCAAAUCGUAAACUCAAUGUCGCAGAAGUGACACAGUCAGAAAUAGGGCAGAAGCAGAAACUUCAGACUGUGUUGGAAUCUGUGAAUGACCUGCUUCGACCUCAAGGCUGGGCUAUAAAAUGGAGUGUUGAUUCAAUCCACAGAAAAAAGAUGGUGGCUAUUCUUCACCUUCUCGUGGCUUUAGCUAUGCAUUUCCGAGCCCCCAUCAGAUUGCCAGAGCAUGUCUCCGUGCAGGUGGUGGUUGUACGGAAGCGGGAGGGCAUACUGCAAACAUCGCAUGUUACAGAGGAGUUUACCAGCACAACAGAGAUGAUGAUGGGGAGAUUUGAGCGGGAUGCAUUUGAUACACUGUUUGACCAUGCACCUGAUAAGCUCAAUGUUGUUAAGAAGUCACUUAUCACAUUUGUAAAUAAACAUCUAAACAAACUUAACUUGGAGGUGACAGAACUGGAGACACAGUUUGCAGAUGGUGUGUACUUGGUGUUGCUUAUGGGACUUCUUGAAGAUUACUUUGUUCCUCUCUACAACUUCUAUCUGACACCAGAAAGUUUUGAACAGAAGGUAAUCCACAAAUCCAUUGUGGAGUCAUGAUGGUCCUGAUUCAGGAUAUCACUACUUCACUGAUAAGGAGCAAAGCAGAUUUGAAUCCGUAUUACAGUUGUGCAAAGGAAUCUUUUGAAUCAAUAAAAACACAGCUGGCGAGUGAAAAGAUGAUGAAUUUGUUGUAGAGCAGGGUUGGUGAGUUGGGAUAAAAUUGAUAAGCACAGUAUUUAUUUUAUAACAAUUUUUUUAAAAAGGCUAGUGUAAUACAGUGA